AACUGAAUUCUGAAGGAGAUAAAAGUGCUUCUAGAAAGUUAUGUGUGUCAGUGCUCAGUAUUUGGUGGAGAUGAUGUCAGUGAUAACGUGGAGAUGUGAUGGGCUAUGAAAGUUGUUGCCAGGAUUAGAGCACUUCAGUUUUUUCUAUCUAUGGGAAGAAAAGUGAUGCAUGAUGCAGUAAACAUAAAUUAUCCCUGGAGUGUGACUUGGACAAGUAGCAUAAGGAUAAUGGCAGUAACGGCAGGGCAGAUAGUAUUUUCUCUGUGCCAGUCCCCAUGCUAAGCACUUAAGCUACAUUAUAUCUACUUAGUUCUCAAAACAACACUGGGAGGAAUGCAAGGCAGAUAGUAUUUUAAACAUCUCUACUUUACCUAUGAGGAAAUAAAGACUUGUAGAGGUUAAUUAACUUGACCAAGAUCACACAGCUGGGGGUGUAUGUCAUCCCAGGCAAAAGCAGUUAUGAAAAGUACUGAAGAUUUUUUGCAGCCUCAGUUUGGCCCCAACAGAUGUGUGCAUCCAGCGGCAGUAUCAGAAGGGUCAGGCUGCCAAGAUUGCUCCACACAUCAAACAGCGUCAGGGCACAGCCAUGAUGAAGUGACGGACCCACAUAGCUGCAAAUCAAACAGUAGAGACAAUUCUUGUUUCAUGUCAGCAUCCAAGAGAAACAGACCUGCCAGUGCUCCGGCGGGUCAACUGAGAGUUGCAGAGUUCUCUUCUUUAAAAUUUCAGCCAGCCCAGAAUUGCCAUAGAUUAUGUCAAAGACACAAACCUCCACCCAGAGUGAUUAGAGUAACAGCUUACAGAAAUGGAUCUAGAGCAGUCUGUGCCAAAGUUACUGCACCAACCAUCACCUUGUUGCUGGAGAUGUGCACGGAGAAGCUGCAUCUGAACAUGGCCGCAAGACGAGUGUUCUUGGCAGACGGCUCUGAAGCCCUCAGACCUGAAGACAUUCCCCAUGAAGCCGACAUGUAUGUUUCAACGGGAGAGCCGUUUUUAGAUCCAUUCAAAAAAAUUAAAGACCAUCUGUUGUUAAUGAAGAAAGUAACUUGGACAAUGAAUGGGGUGAUGCUUCCUACUGAUGUCAAAAGACAGAAAACCAAGCCUGUUCUUUCCAUUAGAAUGAAGAAACUUACUGAGAAGACCUCAGUCCGAAUUCUGUUCUUUAAGAAUGGGAUGGGGCAAGAUGGGCAUGAGAUUACAGUGGAAAAGGAAACAAUGAGGAAGGUUUUAGAUACUUGCACAAUGAGAAUGAAUCUCAAUUCACCAGCCAGAUAUCUUUAUGAUUUGUAUGGCAGAAAAAUUAAAGAUGUUUCAAAAGUUCCUCUGCUUGAAAAGUGCCUGCAAAAUUCCAUCACACCUUUGCGGGGGCCCGUUUGGGUCUCUAAGGGAGAAGGUUUCAGCCCCUCAGGAGCUAAGAUGUACCUCCAAGGAGUUCUUUUGGCUUUGUACCAACGAUUAAGGUCUGCACAAAAAUAUUAUAAGCAGUUGAACAUGGCCGUGGAUAAACAGAAAGAGAAAAUUACUGAAAAAGUUAUUCUUUCAAUGACAGCAAAGGGACUACAUCAGACACAAGAAGAGGUGAGCGGGCUGAUUGAUGAAUUGCAGACAGCUAUCAAAAGCAACAGAGGUCAUCUCUCUAAACUUGGCCCCCAAUUACAGGCUGAGCAGGAGCAAUUCUCCUCUUAUGUCUACCAACACAUUAAAAGCCUUCCCACAAACACUCUUCUCCCAGGAGGCCUGCAGCUCAAGAUAUUUGAAAAUGGUAAAGACACUGGAGAGAUCUCUGUUUUUAUCAGCAAAAAAGAUCUGGGGUCUAACAGCCCAGCUCACACCGGCGAUGUGAUGGAAAGAUUACUUCUCAAGAUUCAUCAAAGGCUUCAAGGCUCUUCUAUCAACCCGUCAGGCCUCAAUUUUUCUUCCACCCGGCUUUUUGAUGAGCAUGGUCACGAAAUUAGGAACCCACUUUUGCUGAAGAAUGGGCAAAAACUUUGGGUCUCUCAUGGUGAAGCAUACAGAUCUCCACUAAACCCUGUUUUGGGUUUGACCUUUGACCAGGUGGCUGCAUUUGCCAGAGGUGGCAUUACAGUCGCAUAUAAAACCUUCUUGGACCCCAGUGCUGCUCUGCUCCCAGGAUGUGACAAUUGGGAAGUUUGUGAGGGAUUUCCAAUUAAUUUCAGUGGCACUAGUCAACAGAUACCUGAUCAAUUUGAAACGGUGGACUUGGGGAACCAUUUCCUACAGAACAAGGUGGACCCCAGUAUUAUCCUUCACGCCUCUGUUUCCGUUGCGAAGCAGAGCUUCUCCGGUACUGCGGCGAGCGGCGGGAGUCAGAUGGUGACAUCCACCCUGUGGCCCGCAGCCAGCGUGUGGCUGAUCACAAAGACUGGAAUGAUCCUGAGCCGAGCAGUAACUCAGGGCUGCCUGGCUGUUGGUUGUCCGAUCAGAGUCAAGGCCGCUGACGGAGCGUCGCUAGAUGGACAUAAAUUAAUCCUACAGAAAAGAGAUAAAGGAAAUGAUGCUCAGAAGUGGGUGUUUGGAACUGACGGCUGCAUUUAUUCUAAGGCUUAUCCUCAGUUUGCUCUGACCUACCUAGAGGAGCUAAAUGCACAAGUGGAUGUGACCCAGAUGGAGUCUCACAUUCACCAUGGCGCCCGGACCACAGCUCAUCAGGAACAUGGCAGCAGCUUAGCAGAAGAGGUUCUGCAAAAAAGUGCUGGCGUCCCUGGUCUGAAGCAACCGCCAGAGCCUGCAGACACUGGUUUAAUGCCAGAAGGUUCUCCUGGGGAGACAGGGCGGCUGACAGUGGCAGUGAUGAGGAAGCUGGAGGGGAAGCAUCCUCAGGCGUCCGCUCAGAGGUGGGCCAUAAAACAUGAAGGGACCAAGAAGCCAGGCCAGUGGAAACAUUCUAGAGUUGAAAAUCCUCUGUGGAAUAAGCUCACCUACAUGUGGCCAGUCCUUCCUAGCGGUCAACUCAAUGAGGAGUUUGAUUGGCCACUAGAAGGACUUCUUGUUGCAAACAGCCCUCCCCUGAAGAGACCUGUUUGUAAGACCCUGGAGCUGCACGCCCCUGUGAGACUCCGGGUUGUGCGGAAUGGAGACAAGAAUAAAAGCAGAGCCCUUAGUAUAACCGGUCCAGACAUCUCGCCUGGGCGGAAAACGCAAAAGGUUGACGUCGAAAGGAAGGAGAAUGUGAAAAGCUAUGUCACUAAAUAUUCUGAAACAGAAACACACCAGACUGAAUUUCACCAAUUUUUGGAGAGGUGCACCGAGACCUUACAUUUACCGUCUGCGGCUCGGAGAUUGUUCAACGAAGAAGGGCAGGAAGUCUUGGCCCUAAAAGACCUUCAGAGAGACGAGCUGGUGUAUGUCUCACGUGGAGAAGACUGGAUCAAUCCCGACCUGUCCACUGCCCAGCAAAAGAGGCAAAUCCUCCUGAGGAACUUGACGUCCGAUGUUUCUAAAAUGCAAAUCUUCUGCAGUACACGUAAGACAGAGACUCUUGUUUUAGAAGUCCAAAGUGACAUUGUGUCCGGAGCCAAGCUUGCUGUGCGUAAACCUGUGGAAAUUUUUGGAGAAGAGAAGCAAAUUAUAGAACCAGAGGAAAAGCAAAUGCAAAAAAAUGCUUUAACAACAGAAAAUGCUUCCAGUGAAAUUUUGGAUGCGCACGCGAGGGCCCAUCUCCGAGGGAAGGCUCGGGGUCCUGUCGUCAGGUACGCCUGGCAGGACACCUCUGGGGACCUGCAGCAGCAUGGCGGGCCUCCGGAGAAAGUGGAAGAGCUCUUUGACGAUGCGCACCCACAGGAGGAGGACAGCCGUUCUCCAAGGCAGAGUAAAUGGCAGAAGCUUUGCCACCAGCAGUUUGAAUACAGAGAUGCGCAAAUUAUAAGCCAUGCCGUUCCUCAGCUAGCACUGGGGGUGCCAGGUCCCGACCUGCAUUCGGGCACGGAGGUGGUUUUGGUGGAGAAAAAAGCAGAUGAUGGUCGUCAACGCUGGAUGCACAAGAAAGGCAGCAGGACCUUCCACCUGGUGAGCGACCCGGAGCUGGUGCUGGCGGUGUCUAUGACUAAGGCUGGGAAUGAAGUCUGUGGCUAUCCAGUUAUUGUUCAGAAGUAUAAGCCAUAUAAGAAUGGGGCUUCCAAUCAGAGGUGGAAGUAUGUGGAAAGUGUGAAAGCUUUCGUGGCCUUUCACAGCACUGCCCUGGACAAGGAAACCACAGCGGCUCAUUACGCGGGUGUCUGCACAGCCUCUGUGAUCAAAGGGGAAAACGUCCAUCAGCCAGGGUACUAUUAUCUCUCACCUGCUGGAAAGAAAGAAACGAUGCUCUGCUUGGCAUGUGGACAAUCCAGGAGAGCAGAGAAAGGACUGAAACUCUUGCUUCCUGGGCUGCCGUUCCUCUGUGCCUCGGGAUCCCAGACCCAGAAGCCCUUCUCGCGAGGGCCUUUCAAGGCCAUCACAGUGGCCGAGGCUGAUUUAUCUUCUUACAAGGCUGAGAAAACUCUAGGUUAUUAUGAAGACCGCCUAUCAUCUUUACGGACGAAGACCCGCACGCAAGUUGUAUCUCAUAGUGGUAUGGCAGCUACGCACCAGAAGGCAGUGAAAAUAAUUGCAUACAGAAACGGAGACGGAUAUCGAAAUGGGAAGUUAAUUGUGGCUGGAACAUUCCCCAUGCUUCUUACAGAAUGCACGGAACGGCUUGGUCUUGCCCGAGCAGCCUCCAAAGUGUACACCGAAGAUGGAACCGCGGUCUGCUCCUUGCGUGAUUUGGUUUUAUGGGCUCUAGGCGAAUCUUUUAUCCAGAGAGACUCUGAGGGACGAAAGAAAGAGGCAGCCCCUGUCGGAACAGAAGAGACAACAGUUAAAAGUAUGAAAGAAAACCCAAGAAUGCAAGUGAAAACCAAACUAUUUCCCCAGUCUGUGCCGACCGACAGCUUAGAUGAUGUAGACAGGUCUCGCCUCGCUUUUGUCCUUAGAAAUCCUAUUGCCGUCUGGAUAUCUUGUGGGGAACCAUUUCUAUCUCCGAAUGCUUUGCAGAAAGCAGAAAAAUUAGAAAAACAGAACUGGCUAAAAAAGGACAAAAUUUUGGCUGAUCUAGACACCAUGAAACACAAAAUGAGACAGUUAAGAGGGCGGCGAGUAGCAGCGCGUCAGCCGGCCACCAUGGCUCCCAACAAAAGCCCUGUGCAGCCGGUGCUGGUGGAAGGAAGCUGGGCUGAGAAGACUCGAGAGGAAAUUAAACUCAUGGACCUUAUAAGACAUACAGAGGCUCACCUUUCUGAAGUCCAGGAACGGCAACACAAGAGGAAUUCUCCAAUUCCAGCUGCACGCACAGCACUCGGGCAGAGCAGCCUGUAUAAGCAACCCAACGCCAAAAGGGUGUGGAUCUAUCGAAACGGGGGCAGACCUGCAGACGGCGCUUACGCCUGGGGCAGAACUAUUUCAGGGCUGCUGGAUGACUGCUCCUCUCGCCUCGGAAUGGCCCAGCCAACCAGAGCACUGUACACCCCAGGCGGAAAGCCCCUUCACUCGUGGGACGACAUAGAGCGAGAUAUGGUCGUCUGUGUGUCCACAGGACACAGCUUUACAACCCAAGAAGAGCUAAAGCAACUGAUGGAGGUCAGAGCAAAUUACGCCAGGAUCCGACGGCAGCAGGGCCCUCAAGCCACAGACAUCGUGGUGUUGCCAUCCUCAAAGCUGCGGUCUCUGGCGAGGCGGUGCGUGCUGUUCCCCUUCCGUCUCUCAAGAGAACAGCGGGCACGCUGGCAGGGCUGGCAGGAGAGCGGCCGUCCAGAGCCUGGCUGACAUCGCCGCUGCCCGGCCGGAGGAAGACAGGGCCUCGUGUGGGAACCCCGGGCGUCUCCACUGCUGACCGUCAGUCACUCGUGGGAAACGGUGAUGCUUCCACCAGCCAGAUCACUUUCUGAUCGUUUUAUUCCCGGUCGUGUCACCACACCCUUCAGUUGGUUUAGUCGAAGCUGACUGUGCCCUCAGUCAGAAGAGAUGUUAAAAUGCCUUCUAACUCCCUUCAAGGUACCAUUUAGAAGCCUCCUUAAAACUGUUCAAUUUUUAUAGGAAAAAAUACAUUGGGCUGUGACUGAACGUCUCUGUCCUUGGCACAGUUCUCAGGUUAGAUGAGGACACCAGACCCAGAGCCAGAGCCGCAGUCGCCCUGCCCAGCCGCCCGGUCCAUUCUCCGCUUUGUUCCCGGGGUCCGGCGGGGCCACACACAGUGGGUGCCCCUGAACCUCUCUAAAAUGUCAGAGAGGAGCUGAGUCCCAGCCCUGGCUGGGCUGCUGUCCACCCGCGGGGCAGAUCUAUUUCCUCAUCUGUGAAAUGAGAAGAAUAAUAUUCCCUUCUGCCCCAAAAAUGUUGUUUUUAGCAUCAGAUGAGGGAAAGCAUGGAAAAGCAUUUUUCCAUCUUUUCUGAAGAAAGGAAUAGUCUUCAAAAUUAGGCAUCUAAUCUCAUGCAGAUAUAAUAGAAGUAGUUACCAUUGGAUCAUUGUGGGAAAGAAGAGAUCACAGACUUAGAAUUCAAAAUAAUAUAUUUCAUUUUAUAGAGUUUUAAUGCUGAAAUGAAGGAGGGGAGCGUUCGGUCACCAGAAGUGAGGGCCCACCCACCCCAGCCUUAGCACAUCACGAUUAUGACUUUCUUUAAUCCGUGCGUCCGCCAUGAGACAGCUCAGAGCUGCCUUGCCGCCAGCGGGGGAGGGGGCCGCAUGACCGUCACAUAGAUUGAGGAGGAGGGACCUUUGGGUCCUCAACAGGGGAGGGAGAGGCAGGUGCUGUUAGCAACAAUUAUUUUAAAGGGGUGCUGAUAGCAUAUGUUUACAGGAUUCUGGUUUUGAGAAGUACUCGAGAAGCAAGGAGUACCCUAAACCCAGAGGAACUGGCAUCAUUUCUUCAUGUAACAUGUAUUUAUGGAUUUCCUGUGAUGUGCCAGCUCUGAGGCUGGGGCUGUAAUGCGGAACGAGGCCGAGUCUUAGUCCUCAGAGACCUCGCCAGCCUAGUGAGGCCCACAGCCCAUAAAAAAGGGAAUUAAGGAAUAGGUGGGGAGGAGCUGGUGACAGUGGGGUGCAGGGUGAAGGGACAGACAACGACCGGACACUUGAUCCUCAGCUGCACACGGCUGUCACAGGGCAUUUGUUGAGUGAAUAAGUCAGUCCAUGGUGAUGUAGAAACAUGGUCUGCAGAGGAUGUUGGCUGUAAUUUGCUACUUGGGAUGCACCAUUUACGGAGUUUGGGAGAUUUAUGCAGUUAGGAAGUGAGGAGUGACCUCUGCUGCCCUCGUGAAGCUGUGGGGCCUUGGGAGCCGCCUGUCGUAUCUGUGUCCUGAAUAUAGACUGGGCGUGGCAUCUGAUCAGCAGAGGACUCCACCUCCAGAGGUACCAGGAGAACGUCAUCACAACCACCACUGCCGCCCCCUCCACCAUCACACCAGGGUGGUUGGGCGGGGAAGUGCUGCCCACAGGUAGACGCACAGGUUAGAGGCAACGAGCAUAGCUAGAGGCUGCCCUCUGGGCAUCGGGCUCUAUGCUAACUUGGUUAGUCCUCACAGGUGUUAUUAGCUCCAUUUUGCAGAUCUGGAAACCGAGGCGCUGGUGUCCAGCAACUGUCUGUGGCCUCCCAGCUGAGAAGGGGCCGAGUGAAGCCUGACCCGGAGAGCCUGGGCGCUGCACCCCACCAAGCCCCACACUGCCCACCGGCCGUGCCUUCGCUCCAGAAGUGUUUAUUACCAACCGCCCACCACCUGCUGAGUCCUUGCUGGGCCAAGUUCAGUUACCCGGGAGCAGACCGCCCUCCUUAGUGUCAGGAGAAAAGCAAGUGCACAGAGGAGGAGAGAAAAAGAAGGGGAGCACACAAAGUAUGCGUACUCGUUCCUUUGAUUGAACUCGGGAGAAACAGCAUUUCCCUGGCCACCACUCUCGGAGCUUCUGGAAUCUCUGUCUGCUCUCUGUCUGAACCUGAGCACAUGUAAAACUUACAUUUCCUCUGUUCCUGGGGCUUUCAGAAUCCCACAGCAUUUGGUUUAGAUUAAACCCGUUGAUGGAGGCCUUAGAAUUCGGCUUCAGCGCAGCUGAUCCCAUCACUGUCCCCUUUUCUAACCUAACUGCUUAUGACCGUCCGGAGCACGCUCGUCUGGGGUAGGGGUGCGGCCGGGGGCAGGUCACCCAGGCUUAGCGGCCACAUGUACACAGCACGGGGUCCUUUAGAACCCAGAGGAGUGGAUUCGUAAAACCCCAUCAGGACCAUUUGUGUGCAUUUGUAUAAUUUAUAUUUUUUUGCCUGAAUCUAAAUUAUAGAGAUUUUAAUAGCUGCAGUAAUUAGACAAGUAUGUGGUGAGCCCAUUACGUCUGUGUAAUGCUGCCCUCCCUGCCCCUCCCUGCUUGCUGGGCUCCCUGCAGGCCCCUCCCUCCCUCUCUGCCAUGGGGAGCAGUUUCUUUUCAAAGAUCUUGCUGUUCUCACUGUUUUUGUCCCCUCAGUCCCGGGCCUCGGUUUGCUCUCCCAGGGGCUUCUGUGUGGCGCUGCCAGUGUGACAAGGACAGAGGGUCUGGCCAUUCGUCUGUCUGCACCCACAGCACCCAGUACCCACGUGGGGUUGCACGGUGGUGCCACAAGGCUGCGAAGGUUCCUAGCACGCUGAGUAGCACAGGGUGGACACUUCAAAACUGUCACAACUGAGUCUGUUUAUGAAACUCCUCGUGGGUCAGUUACUCACCUUCAAGGAAGCAGAACAAAGUGUGUAGGUUCACCGUCUUAAAUCAACACAUCUUCUGGAGAAAGCUGCCUUUCUAGCUCUCUGAAUGGCUCCCAUUAUUUUUUCUGUUGUGUUUGUAACUUCCUAUUCUCCGGCCAUAUUUUACUCCGUCGGCGUAGAUGAUGUCCCUGCCUGUGCUGAGGGCUCUGUCUUGAGAUGUAUUGGACAUCUUGGAUUUCUCUUAUUGUUGUUUCCUCUAGCACUACAAAAAAAAAACUUUGGCUUGUUCGAAAUUAAGGACAGGAUGUGCUGUCUUACUAAAAUAAUGCAGUUUAUCUAACCAAGAGAUUGCCUUCUUCCAUAUGCAUGUAUUUCCUAGGGGCUGUCAGAAAGCAGCUCUCAUCGCAUUUAUUUUGGGGCUCUUUUCAGGAAGGUGCUCCCAGAGAAAGACGUCUGGACGUGAGUAUCCUGAGGUCGUGCUUUCCUACCCAGUCCCCCUCCAAAAACAAAAAGAGAAAAACCUGAAUUAACCAUCUUUCCUUCACAAGGACCUGAAAAUUGUCCUGUGAAAGCAAUUCUAGAAAUCUGUGAAGUUGGCCUCCAAACUGCUCAGAAAAGGGGAAAAAAUAGCGUAAAAUCAAAAUCUUAUCAUUGAGUUGAUGCUCUUUUCUCUCUGAAUGGGGACCAGACAGACGGAAGUGGUGGCGUCGGCUGGUAGGAGACCCGAAAGCCAGCGGUGUUUUCGAGGACUCUGUCUGAAAUCUUUUCUACAGAGACAGAUAAAAGGAUAAUGAGCUGAGGUGUUUUUAAAGGAUUCUCGCAGUUUACAACUCGAAUAAAUCUAAUUUUAACAUG